UAAAAGGGGUGAUGCAACGCUCUCCAAGCCACAGUCGCACGCAGCCAGGCGCGCACUGCACAGCUCUCUUCGCUCGCCGCCGCCCGAGCGCACCCUUCAGCCCGCGCGCCGGCCGUGAGUCCUCGGUGCUCGCCCGCCCCCGUCCAGACCCUGCCUGUCCUCCGGACCCUGGCCGCCCCGAGCGGAGCCUGGAGCAAAAUGAUGCUUCAACACCCAGGCCAGGUCUCUGCCUCGGAAGUGAGUGCUUCUGCCAUCGUCCCCUGCCUGUCCCUCCUGGGUCACUGGUGUUUGAGGAUUUUGCUAACCUGACGCCCUUUGUCAAGGAAGAGCUGAGGUUUGCCAUCCAGAACAAGCACCUCUGCCACCGGAUGUCCUCUGCGCUGGAGUCAGUCACUGUCAGCGACAGACCCCUCGGGGUGUCCAUCACAAAAGCCGAGGUAGCCCCUGAAGAAGAUGAAAGGAAAAAGAGGCGACGAGAAAGAAAUAAGAUUGCAGCAGCAAAGUGCCGAAACAAGAAGAAGGAGAAGACGGAGUGCCUGCAGAAAGAGUCAGAGAAGCUGGAAAGUGUGAAUGCUGAACUGAAGGCUCAGAUUGAGGAGCUCAAGAACGAGAAGCAGCAUUUGAUAUACAUGCUUAACCUUCAUCGGCCCACAUGUAUUGUCCGGGCUCAGAAUGGGCGGACUCCAGAAGAUGAGAGAAACCUCUUUAUCCAACAGAUAAAAGAAGGAACAUUGCAGAGCUAAGCAGUCGUGGUAUGGGGGCAAUUGGGGAGUCCUCACUGAAUCCUCAUUUUAUACCCAAAACCCUGAAGCCAUUGGAGAGCUGUCUUCCUGUGUACCUCUAGAAUCCCAGCAGCAGAGAACCAUCAAGGCAGGAGGGCCUGCAGUGAUUCAGCGGGCCUUUCCCAUUCUGCCCCAGAGUGGGUCUUGGACCAAGGCAAGUGCAUCUUUGCCUCAACUCCAGGAUUUAGGCCUUAACACACUGGCCAUUCUUAUGUUCCAGAUGGCCCCCAGCUAGUGUCCUGCCCGCCUAUCAUCUGGAUUCUACAAAAAACCAGGAUGCCCACCAUUAGGAUUCAUGCAGAAGUGUCUGUACCUUGGGUGGGAGGGAUGGGGCCAUCUCAUUCACCGUGGCUACCAUUGUCACUCGUAGGGAAUGUGGAGUGAGAACAGCGUUUAGUGAAGCUGUGCAACGGCCAGGAUUGUGCUUUCUAGCAAAUAUGCUGUUAUGUCCAGAAAUUCCGUGUGCAAGAAAACUAGGCAGUGUACUCUUCUGAUGUUUGUGUCACACAACACUGAUGUGACUUUUAUAUGCUUUUUCUCAGAUCUGGUUUCUAAGAGUUUGGGGGGGCGGGGCUGUCACCACGUGCAGUAUCUCAAGAUAUUCAGGUGGCCAGAAGAGCUUGUCAGCCCCUGGAGAACAGAAUUCUCCCAGUGUUAGCACAAAAUCCAUGGGCAGCAUGAUGGCAGGUCCUCUGUUGCAAACUCAGUUCCAAAGUCACAGGAAGAAAGCAGAAAGUUCAACUUCCAAAGGGUUAGGACUCUCCACUCAAUGACUUAGGUCAGGAGUUGUGUCUAGGCUGGAAGAGCCAAAGAAUAUUCCAUUUUCCUUGUGGUUGAAAACCACAGUCAGUGGAGACAUGUUUGGAAACCACAGUCAGUGAAGCCUAGGUGGUGCCCAGGCUUUAGCAUUAUUGGAUGUCAAUAGCAUUGUUUUUGUCAUGUAGCUGUUUUAAGAAAUCUGGCCCAGGGUGUUUGCAGCUGUGAGAAGUCACUCACACUGGCCACAAGGACGCUGGCUACUGUCUGUUAAAAUUCUGAUGUUUCUGUGAAAUUCUCAGAGUGUUUAAUUGUGCUCAAUAGUAUCAUUACAAUUUUCUGUAAGAGAAAAUAUUACUUAUUUAUCCUAGUAUUCCUAACCUGUCAGAAUAAUAAAUAUUGGAACCAAGACAUGGUAAA